CGAAUACGGUGCAGCUUCCUGUGCUUAAGCAUAUAUAUGGUUACAUGUAUUCCUUUUUCUCGAGUUGUAUACCUCGCUAGUGCACUUUUCAGAAUAGAUCGCGGGAGUGUUUUCUAUCUUGAGGAUCCAUUCCGAGAGGAGAGGAUUGAGUCACGGUGCAUACUGUGGUUGUCCCCGUACAGGACAAGGCUUGUCAGGCCACACGGUUUUUAGAUUCACGUCCAUACGGUGGACAUCGACCUCACAGGGUUUCAACCUCUCCUCCCUCUUAGAAAAUCCUCCCUCUUAGGAAAUCCUCCCUCUGAGGAAAUCCUCCCUCUUAGGAAUUCCUCCCUCUUCGAAAAGAAGAAGAAAUGUCACCACAACUACCACCCUAUUACCUGGACCACAUCAUCGUCUUCCUCCCCGCCUCCCGCUCCUCUACCUCUUCACCAGCAUCCCCCCACCUCCCCCCCUCCUUCCUCCAAGCAUUCACCCCCUACCCAGGCGGCCAGCACGCCGACAAUCUCACCGCCAACACGCUCAUCCUGCUGCAGGAUGGGAGCUACCUCGAGCUCAUCUGCUGGGUACCUGGUGCGGAUGAGGAGAAGAAGAGAAGGCAUUGGUGGAGCGGGGCAGGGACGGGGUGGAAGGAUUGGUGUCUGGGUGUGAGUGGUGGGAGUCUUGAAGGGGAAGGGGAUGGCAAAGGAGAGGGGAAAGGAGAGGGGAGAGGGGAGGAUAGGGAAGACGAGGACGCAGGCACCCGGCACUUCGCCCUCCUGAACCGCGCCGAAGAUCAAGGCGGAGUAAAAGGGGUAUACCUCCCUCCUCUGCGCGGUGGGCGCAAGAGACCCGAUGGCGUCGAGAUUGGGUGGAGUGUCAUUUUCCCGUCGGAGGAUGCUAUUUCUCUCCCUACUUGGGAAAGCCGGGAAGAGCAGGAUCAGGAAGAGCAGGAUCAGCAACAAAAAAAGAAAUCUAUAAGAGGCCUCGUCCCCUUCUUCUGCCACGACCUCACCCCGCGCCCCUUGCGCGUCCCUGUCCAUCCCGACGCAACAGCAGACGCAGCAGCAGACGCAGCAGCAGCAGACAGGCAAGCCGGCAAAACCCGGCAUCCCUGCGGCGCUUUGGGGCUGCUCGAACUCUGCGUCCUCGUCGCGCACGAGGAGGUAUAUCACCAGGUUAAAAAGAUAUAUACGCGUCUGUUUGGCGAGGCGCGGAUCCUUGGUGGAGGAGGAGAGGGAGAAGAGGAAGCGGAAGCGGUCUUCACCACGUCCCGCCCUAUACCCGGCAUCUCGCCGGUCCUGGAGACAGCGGCGCCGCGGAUACGGCUGCGACUUGCGCGGUCGGAAGCUGAGAAGGAGAAGGUGAGGGUGAGGGGUGCAGGGAGUGGGUUUUGUGUUUGUGAUGUUGUGCUUGCUGCGAGGGCGGCGCAGGAAGAAGAGGAGGGAGGUGUGGCUGGGACGGGGAGGGAGAAUGGGACGAGGGUGAGGAUUGAUGGUGUUGGUGGAGGGGAGGAGGAUGUAGGGGGGUUGUGGGUUGAGUAUUUGUGA